AUGGCUGAGAAGACAGAUGAAGGCUACAGCAGGAUGGCGAUCUCUUGUUUUCCUGGCGUUUGGAUGAAGACCCUCAUCCUGCCAAGCACUGUGUGGACACUGGUGUGGAACGGCAUUUCCACACAGGGUGCUCAGGAACCCUCAGACUCAGAGGGAGACCGGAUCAUUGUGGGGAGAACCUGCCUCUUCAGCUUGCGGCCCUACCAGGUGGCUCUCCUGAGGAACGGCCGUGUCACCUGUGGCAGAAGCCUGAUAGACCCAAAGUGGGUGCUAACUGCUACGCACUGCGGCAGACGAGGGAUCAGGAAAAUGAAUGAGGCCAGAUCCCAGCGGGGGUCAAUGGGCCGUAGCUCCAUUGGAGUCAAUGGGGCCAGAUCCCAGCUCGGGUCAAUCAGCCGGCUGUUCACGGCUAUUCUGCAGUGUGCAGAUCUCUAUAGCAUCAGCCAGGCCAGGUGCCGGGACAUUUACCAGGGCAGGAUCACGGAGAACAUGUUCUGCGCUAUCGUGGAACAGGACAGCAUAGGCACAUGCCAGGGCGAUUCAGGAGGCCCACUGGUCUGCAACGGGCAGCUGCAGGGCGUGGUCUCCUGGGGGAAGUCUGUCUGUGCCCUGCCAGGACAGCCCAUUGUCUGCAAAGCUGCCCAGUGGGUGAGGAGCACCAUAAGGAGGAAGUGCGCCAGAUCAGACUGA